AUGCCCGACUUUGGCUCCAUCGUCAAGGGCGGGUGGCAUCCCGAGAAGAAGGGCACCACCUUCAAAGGCCAGAUGAAAGGCCUCGUGGGAAGAGGUGACAAGGACAAGGACGAAGAGCGUGCCAAUCACGUCUCUCGACCCAUCGCCUCCCUGCGAGAUCCAGCCUCUUUUGCUCCUCCUCCCAAGCGCACCGCAGACCAGCCUCUGCCGCCGCCCAUCUCCCGCACGAGCACAGCAUCCUCCGCCGCCGGCGGACCUCCGUCCUACAACGACUCCAACCGCUAUGCUACUCAGCAGCAGCAGUAUGGCGCCGUCGCCGAAGAGGAGGACGACACGCCGGCCCCUCCGAAGCCCUACCGGGUCGACACGACCGGACUCUCGACUCCCAUCUGCCGCCGCCCCCCAAAAUGA